CUGGUUCUGGUGAGACCAGAAAUGAGAAGAUCAAGCUUUAACCAACUUCUUCUUAUUCUUGCUGGUUACGAUAUCGCUUAUCUGAUAAGUUCUACUGUGGUGUUUGGUCUUCCAAAUCUUUCAGAAACCUACAGGGAGACCUAUCAUGUCUGGUUUCUACCAAUCUUCUAUGCCCUGGCACACAUUAGCAGGAUUGGAUCGGCACUGCUCACCCUGUCUAUCUCUGUUGAGAGAUAUGUCGCGAUCACAAAACCGUUCUUUGCCAAAAAGAAAAUGGUUAAAAGUUGUCUGAUCAAGUUCUCCAUAAUCUUCUCAAUCUGUUACAACAUUCCCAGGUGACAGGAGGAU